AUUACUCAACCGCACGUCACAUUUUGAGACGGGAGGGCUUGGCCGCAGUUUUCCGACCCGCUUCCACUUUUCGCUUCCUUUCAGUCGCAGGCUGUAAUUUCAUUCCACACUCUCUCUUUCGACAGACAACACCUGCACCACACGCAGGGAAGCAAGAUGCCCAUCAACUAUCUCAUCUUGCUGUCUCGUCAGGGCAAAGUGAGGCUGGCAAAAUGGUUUACAACUCUCUCACCCAAAGAGAAGGCCAAAAUCAUAAAAGAUGUUACUCAGCUUGUCCUUUCACGCCGAACUCGAAUGUGCAAUUUUCUUGAAUAUAAGGACACCAAAGUUGUCUACCGUCGAUAUGCUUCUCUUUUCUUCAUCGCCGGAUGUGCAUCCUCCGAUAAUGAAUUGAUCACUCUUGAAAUCGUACACCGCUACGUGGAGCAAAUGGACAAAUACUAUGGAAACGUAUGCGAGUUGGAUAUCAUCUUCAACUUUCAAAAGGCAUACUUCAUACUGGAUGAACUCCUCCUGGCCGGAGAACUGCAAGAGAGCAGUAAGAAAAAUGUCCUCAGAUGUAUAAGCCAGGAGGACAGUCUGGAAGAUAUGGAGGACACCGAAACAGCACUCAAAGAUGGCGGCCUCAUAUGAUCUGCGACGACAAUAUUUAUGAACCUACAUGGAGUUGGGGCAAGGCGUCA